AUGUCGCCUGCCGCCCGAGGUCUCCGCGCGUGCCGCGGGCGGCGCGCAGGUGACAGGGCCUGCCGAGGUCCUGGAGCAGACCCCCGAUUCGUGGCAGAAUUUGAUUUCUCUGUCGCCGCCCUCCAGUUUGGGGCCUCUGUGGGCAGGGUGCAGAGGCUUAACCUGGUAAAAGGUUCUGCCGGAGACUUCCAUCUGGCCUCAAUGUGAAAGUAAAGUAAACCACAUCUGUGUGUGUGUUGCUCCCAGGAUGCUGAUUCAUUGGUCAUGUCUGAAGAGGGAAAUUCUGGUCUAGAUGGCUGACAGCCCGCGAAAAUAGAUGCUUAUCCUAGAUGUCCGGCGUCUCUCCUUUUUACUGGAGUGAAAAUCCCCUCCAGAUACCAACAGAACGUCACCUGCAGAAAAUGCCUCGCAUUUUAAGGAUGUCAGCAACCUAAAUUCAUGCGCCCUGUGUGCACAGUUGUCGUGGACGGUUUACCAUCUGAGAGCUCCUCAGCCUCUUCUCCAGGCCCCGUACCUGUGUCUGAGAUGUCUCUGCUCCAUGCUCUGGGCCCAGUGCAGACCUGGCUGGGACAGGAGCUGGAGAAAUGUGGCAUCGACGCCAUGAUUUAUACCCGGUAUGUCCUCAGCCUCCUGCUGCACGACAGCUAUGACUACGACCUACAGGAACAGGAGAAUGACAUCUUCCUGGGCUGGGAAAAAGGAGCUUAUAAGAAAUGGGGAAAGAGUAAGAAAAAGUGCUCAGAUCUAACUCUAGAAGAAAUGAAAAAACAGGCUGCUGUCCAGUGUCUUCGUUCUGCUUCUGAUGAAAGCUCUGGCAUCGAGACUCUGGUGGAGGAGCUCUGCUCCAGACUGAAAGACCUGCAGAGCAAGCAAGAAGAGAAGAUUCACAAAAAGUUAGAGGGGUCUCCCUCUCCAGAGGCAGAAUUAUCCCCUACAGCAAAGGAUCAAGUGGAAAUGUACUACGAAGCGUUCCCACCGCUGUCCGAGAAGCCGGUCUGCCUGCAGGAGAUCAUGACCGUGUGGAACAGGUCUAAAGUCUGUUCUUACUCCAGCUCUUCGUCGUCGUCCACGGCGCCCCCCGCCAGCACAGACACGUCCUCCCCCAAAGACUGCAACAGUGAAGGCGAAGCGAGCAAGGAGAGAAGCCGCGAGGCGGGCACCACGGCGCACGAGAGAGCCCAGAGCAAGAGCAGAAGCGAGAAGGAGGACAGGUUCGGGCACGGCGCCACGGAAGAGAAGCCCGCCCUGUACAAAAAGCAGGUCCGACACAAACCUGAGGGACGGAUUCGCCCUCGCUCGUGGUCCUCCGGCUCGAGUGAAGCGGGCUCAAGUUCGAGCGGUCCUCGGGGAGAACUAAAAGCCUCCGUGAAGUGCGUGAAAGUCCGACACAAGACGCGAGAAGUUCGGAACAAGAAAGGGCGGAACGGGCCGGGCAGGCUGUCGCUGAAGCCCGGCGACAAGGCCGAGCGGGCCGUCCACGCCGCCGGCAGCAGCAGCAGCGGCAGCGGUGGUGGCGGCGGCUCCGUCAAGCCGCUGUGCCGGCGCGGGAAGAGGCCCCUGAAGGACCCGGGGAGGAGAGACCCCGGGAGCGCCGAGGGAAGAGACCUGUCCCUGGAGAGCAGAAACGACAGGGAGUACAAGGAGGAGCCGCUGUGGUACACGGAGCCGAUUGCCGAGUAUUUCGUUCCUCUGAGCAGGAAAAGCAAACUAGAGACCACCUACCGAAACAGACCGGAUGCCAGCGACCUGCCGUCGGAGGCGGUGGACGAGUUGUCAGAGUCCGUGCACGGUCUUUGUAUCAGCAACAAUAAUAUGCAUAAAACAUACCUCGCGGCAGGUACUUUCAUUGAUGGUCAUUUUGUAGAAAUGCCUGCGGUCAUCGAUGAGGAUGUUGACCUCACUGGGACCUCGUUCUGUCCUCUCCCGGAGGACAACAAAUAUCUGGAUGGUAUUCAUCUGUCAGAAUUAACACACUUCUAUGAAGUGGACAUUGAUCAAUCCAUGUUGGAUCCUGGUGCCUCAGAAACCACGCAAGGAGAAAGUCGGAUUUUGAAUAUGAUUCGACAAAAAAGCCAAGAGAAAACCGAUUUUGAGGCAGAAUGUUGCAUAGUGUUAGAUGGAAUGGAGUUGCAAGGGGAACGUGCAAUAUGGACAGAUUCUACCAGCUCCGUGGGCGCCGAGGGCUUAUUCCUGCAAGACCUCGGCAAUCUGGCUCAGUUCUGGGAGUGCUGUUCAUCCAGCUCGGGCGAUGCCGACGGGGAGAGUUUUGGGGGGGAUUCUCCAAUCAGACUCUCCCCGAUCGUGGACAGCACGGCGCUCAAUCCACAUUUGCUUGCUGGCAAUCAGGAGCUCUUUUCAGAUAUUAAUGAAGGAUCUGGUAUAAACUCUUGUUUUUCAGUGUUUGAAGUGCAAUGCAGUAAUUCUGUUUUACCGUUUUCUUUUGAAACACUCAACUUGGGGAAUGAAAAUACAGAUUCUAGUGCUAAUAUGCUUGGGAAAACACAGUCUAGAUUGCUAAUAUGGACCAAAAAUAGUGCCUUUGAAGAAAACGAACACUGUUCUAAUCUCUCAACGAGAACUUGUAGCCCAUGGUCCCAUUCGGAAGAGACGCGUUCGGACAACGAGACGUUAAAUAUUCAGUUUGAAGAGUCCACGCAGUUUAACGCAGAAGAUAUGAACUAUGUGGUUCCUAGAGUCUCGUCAAAUUAUGUAGAUGAAGAACUUCUAGAUUUCCUGCAAGACGAAGCUUGCCAGCAAAACAGUAGAACGUUGGGAGAGAUUCCCACCUUAGUCUUCAAACAAACAUCGAAGCUAGAAUCUGUCUGCGGUAUUCAGCUGGAGCAAAAGACGGAACCCAAGACCUUGGAAACUGCGCGAGGCUGUGGCGAGAGCGGUCCACGUGGAGGCGGUUACAGCUCAGGGGUCAUUAAAGACAUUUGGACACAGAUGGCAGACGGGGGUUCUGUCGCUACGGCGGACGUGGAGCGCACGGACGAGGAGUUGUUCCCGACGGAUGUCAACAACUACUGCUGCCGCCUGGACGCCGAGGCCGAGGCGGAGACCCUCCGGGAGCCCAGCAAGGCCGUGCAGAGGUCGGAGUACCGUCUGUGGGAGGGCCAGAAGGAGAGCCCGGAGAAGAGAGCUUUCGCGUCCGGGGAGCUGUCGAAGGUGGACGGUGGCGACUACACGACACCCUCGAAACCUUGGGACGUGGCCCAGGACAAAGAGAACACCUUCAUUCUCGGAGGAGUUUACGGAGAACUCAAGACCUUCAGCAGUGACGGGGAGUGGGCGGUCGUCCCGCCCGCUCCCACGAAAGGAAGCCUGCUGCAGUGCGCGGCCUCUGACGUGGUGACCAUAGCAGGUACGGAUGUCUUCAUGACCCCGGGAAACAGUUUCGCUCCCGGUCACAGGCAGUUGUGGAAACCCUUCGUGUCGUUUGAGCAGAACGAUCCGCCGAGGAGUGGGGAAAAUGGAUUAAAUAAGGGAUUUUCUUUUAUCUUCCAUGAAGACUUACUAGGAGCUUGUGGCAACUUGCAGGUUGAGGAUCCUGGGCUUGAAUAUUCCUUGUCUUCCUUUGACUUAAGCAAUCCGUUCUCACAAGUCCUUCACGUGGAGUGUUCAUUCGAACCCGAAGGGAUCGCCUCUUUCAGCCCCAGUUUUAAGCCGAAAUCCAUCCUGUGCUCUGAUUCGGACGGCGAAGUUUUUCACCCCAGGAUAUGUGGCGUCGACAGAACGCAGUACAGGGCUAUUCGGAUCUCUCCGAGGACUCACUUCCGCCCCAUUUCUGCGUCCGAGCUGUCCCCAGGAGGAGGAAGUGAGUCGGAAUUUGAAUCUGAGAAAGAGGAAGCAAAUAUUCCCCUUCCUUCUCAAGCCGAUGCGUUUGAAGAUCCACAGGCAGAUCUCCAGCCGCUGGAAGAAGACGCGGAGAAAGAAGGCCAUUACUAUGGAAAAUCGGAGCUCGAGUCUGGAAAAUUCCUCCCCAGGUUAAAAAAGUCUGGCAUGGAAAAGAGCGCUCAGACAUCGCUGGAUUCUCAGGAGGAAUCAGCCGGGAUUCUGCCGGCGGGGAAGCGGAAUCGGUGUUUGGAGUGUAGCAUGAAUGAAUCUCCGGAAAUUGCUUUAGAAAGCUCAGAAGCAAAUUGUAAGAUAAUGGCGCCAUGCGAGGAAGAGAUUAAUAAUUUUUGCAGUUGCAAAGCAGGUUGUCAGUUUCCUGCUUAUGAAGAUAAUCCGGUUUCUUCGGGACAGCUGGGAGAGAUUGGGAAGAAAGAAAAAGAGGGAAGAAGCGAGAUUCUACAUCAUACCACUGCCAUAUUCCUUCGCUUUCUAUUUCCUGUAUUGAACACUGAUGUUCAAGGAAUGAAUAGAAGUCAAGAAAAACAGACUUGGUGGGAAAAAGCCUUGUACUCUCCUCUUUUUCCUGCGUCAGAGUGUGAAGAAUGUUAUACAAAUGCCAAGGGAGAGAAUGGUAUAGAAGAGUGUCCAGAUGGUAAAGACAUGCCCAGUAACGAAGAGCGUCCAUUAGAUUUUAAUAGGGUGUCUUCUGUUUAUGAAGCAAGGUGUGCAGGAGAGAGAAAUGCCGGAGCAAAACCCAACGGCUUCCACAGAAAGAUCUCCUCCAGCGCCAGCUCUGGCUCGGAAGGCUCCAGCUCGGACGGUGGGGGCGAGUGGGCGGACCCUGGCGAAGAGGAGCUCUUUUCUCGAACUCAUCUCUAAACCUGCAGCGUAGUGCAAAUUAAUUCUUGAAAACGAUCUGUGAUGGCAAAUUACCCUUUUGUGAGGCCUGUUAAUCUAAAACAACAACUUAGGGUUCUUCUUCAAUUAACUGAUUCAGAUCAGUAAUUAUCUUUCUCUUCUUGCUUAUUUCAGAGUUGAGGACAGCUAUCCUGUUGAACUUUUUUUUUUUUUUCCUCCAAGCUGUUAAAUUCUUGGCUAUUUGAAAUAGACUAGAUUGUGUUGUCAAAUCCAGAAUGGGUGUGCAUGUGCUUGUCUAGGAGUAGCCCUGCGUUCCGCAUCUUGACUGCAGCUACUGUCCUGCUGGCUGCAGCCUGGUCACUGUUACCCUAGCACCGCGGUGUCCGCAACCACUUCCGCUCUCCAGAGACUUGAGCUUUGGGACCUUUAGGCUUUGUUCUCUAAGAACUGGGACAUAGACACCUACCCCUGCAAUGGAUCGGUGCCUUCCUGAAGGCAGGAGGGAAGCAUGAGUGACUCAUCCACGGUCUUCAUUCAGUCAGAUCUCAUGUACCUUUGAAGUAGGAACCGCAAGGGUGUGCUCUUAGAGACUUACACGAUACUGUGUUUUCUAUCUUAGGAUUUUCCUCCUCAAGUAUCAUGGGAGAUACUAUGGUGUGUGAUUUCUUGCUAGCUGAAGGAGCCAAGGCUUUGGGGUGUCGGGUGGCGUACGAGGCCCAGCGGGGUAGAGAGCGUACCCCCAGCCCGUUCUUAGGUUGCAGUUACGUUUAUGCCAAAACACCCCUUCCGGGUUGUUUGUGGUUUGGAUCUUAGUUGCAGAUUAUGGUUUGCUGGUGACCUCCAUUGACUCGAAGCCUCCAGAACUCUAAAUGAUAAACGUCUGACGUGCAGUAAAGGCCACCUCGUCACCCCGAAGAAACCUCGGCUGCUGCAGCUAGCUCCUGUUGUGGCUGUGAUUUUAGUAGAGCUUAGAUCUCAUUUUGUGUUUGAGAGAAUGUUCUGGGCAAGUUCUGUGUGGUGGGUUGGGGGCGGGGGGAGUAACAGUUUCUCCCAUACCUGUGCGAUUGCUUCAUGGGACUCGCUUUCCGCUCUCGUGGGGACCCAGGGGUCAGUCCGUCUCACACCAGUCCCGUCCACUCAUGAUGGCCACUUCCUCGCGCUUUCAUGCCGCCGGGCAGCAGGUGAAGCUGGGAGGAGCGGUGUUUGUAAAACCAGAUUGUGUUUCCUUUUAAACUAACUCCUUACGAAAAAGACAAAACAAAACAACCUAAUUUGUAGCAUCAGUUUGGCACGUCUGUAUCGUCAGGAAUGGCAGAAAAGCGUGACACAGACGAGACCGCGUCACCACUGCCCUUGGCGGGCAGCACACGCGUGCGGUGACCGGCUGGGGGCGAAGUGGCCGAGGAAUCCCUGAUGUGCUUCGAGCACUGGGUGGUGUUGCCCUUCUCGUCGUUGAUGACACGGGCGAGCGACCCCGAGGCUCUGGGGUCGUCCCGGUUGUGUGCGUCCUCGCUGUGAGAGACCUGAUGGACGGUUGGCUCGGAUCUCGCCACACGGCAGGGUUUGUUUUUAUACAGCACAUCUUUUGACACUUUAAAGUGGGUGUGUGUGCGUGUGUGUGCGUGUGCGCGCGCGUGUGUAAGGUUUACGUUGCUGUUAUUUAUUUACAGACUUUAUAAGGUUUUAUGUAUUUUUCUUUCUUCUGGAGCUUCCUAAAAAGUGAUUAGCAUCUGCACUGAAAUACAAUUUAACAGCAAAGGCAAAAAAGAAUUGGAAGUUGUAAAUUCCUAAAAUCACCACGGUGACGAUCAUUCUAGAAAUCGUUGCUUAAUGUAGCAGAGACCAAAUAAAUAUAUUUCAGACACAA